CCUUGUCUAGCUCGUAAAUAAAUUUAAAUAAACUGUUUUUACGUUUAAAAUAAUCGGAACUCGUGUCUCUAGAUAUUUUACGUCUAACAACGAAUAGUUUGUGAUAAUAAUUUAAUCGGUACUUGAAAAAUAAAUAGCAAAAAAAACAUUUAAAUAAAUCGUUGAAUCUUUGCCAUAGUCGAGUUACUGGCGUCCGUUGUCGUGCGUUCAAUUAUUUAAGCAUCCAUGACUCUGAAGAUAAUAAACAUCCGUGAAAAAAACUUUUAUUAAUUAAAGUUUAAAUAUCUUAGUGUAUAAAAAUUAUCAGUGAGUGUUUGUGGACAGUUUUCGAUUUUUUUAUCAGUGAUUAGUGCAAAAAUAUUUGUUUUUUUUUUCACGUCAUUUUUGCCGCCAUUUUAAAAAAUUUUUUCGUGUGAUUUUUUUUUUUUUUAAUUAUAAAUUGUUUCAUAAGUGAUUAAUAUAAUUAAUGUCAGUGUUCAGUUUGUGUAAAUAAUUGAAAUCAUCGUGUUUUAUUAUAAAUAAUUGAUUAAUUAUUUUAAUUGCGUUUCCGGGUUGAGCUUCAAUAAAUUCAUCACGAAGCCAUGAACUGAACGAAACUUUUUAAAACCCGUACAAUUUUGUCCCGGGAGUAAGGUAGAGAAAAGUCACGUGUCGUGAUUAGUGGGACUGAAUUUUAAGAAAAUUGUAAGGGAGAAAUGAAAAAGUAUGAGGGUAAUGAGUAAGUCGGCGACAAACUCUAUUAAGGGGGUGUGUUUCAGUGGUGAAUUGGGGAGUUAGCUGGCCUACUGCGCUACACGGGUCUGUCUGCCGAUAAUCGAGAUAGAAACGUUUAAUCGAAUUGGCACGAGCAAAUUCUUUCAUCAAACUGAGAAACAAAUUUCACGGAUGGAAUCAAUAACCCAAAUGAAGUCAGUCCACCAAAUUACGACAGAUACAUCAUUCACCGAGAAUGAAGAGCAGGUGUGGGAGUGACGCGUCCGCUUGGGGGCUCUGUGAAUACACGGUGCUGUGUAGUAAUCAUUGACGUUUAUGAUUGAAGCGAAAAAAGUUGUAACGAGGAGGAAAAUUGGCGGAUCGUGAUAAAUUCUGCCGACGAAGGGAGGAAUUUAUUGGAGCGACACGACGCGGAAGGAUAGGCUUGUGAAACCUCCGGCGAUGGAUUUGGUUCUACUGCUGCUCUUGGUCCUGCUCAGGCGAGAGGUUAUUGCACUAAGGCUGCUAUCAGUGAACGUACCGCCGUACAAAUUCAAAGACGAAACGGCCCAUCUAGUGUGUCGGUACGACUUGGAGACAGAAAAACUCUACUCAGUUCUUUGGUACAAAGACAACGAAGAGUUUUACAAAUACGUAAAUACGGAUCGAAGUCAACACAUUUAUCAAGUGGAUGGAAUCAAAGUCGACCACCGGAACUCAGACGGUUCGCGCGUUAUUCUCCAACGAGUUAAUUUAGAUACCACUGGCGUAUACAAAUGCGAAGUGAGCGCAGAGGCUCCACACUUUGCAUCAACUUACGGUGAAGCGUACAUGGAAGUAGUUGUAAUGCCAGCCAUCGGUCCUGCGAUUACGGGCCAAGAAAAAUCUUAUGCAAGCGGUGACAUUUUAUCACUUAAUUGCACAAGCUCAAAAUCGUAUCCACCUGCAGAAAUUAAAUGGUUCAUCAAUGAAGUUGAGGUGGAGGCAGAUUCAACGAGAACGAUAAGCCAUCGUGAUCAACUAGUGACAACAAUAUCAAGUUUACGGCUGGAACUCGGGCCCCAUCAUCUUUCAAGUGGAAAAAGCAGUAUCAAAUGCAGAUCCACAGUUCGAACAAGUAGUAGAGCCCGUGAAGCGGUGAUAGAUGUACGCGACACGAACGUCGAAGUUCAAGGGAGCGCUAGUUUUAUCAGGCCCUGUCUCUCACUGCUGCUGGUAGUGGUAAUACUCGAUCGGAUACUGAGGAUGGAUUGAAAGCAUUUGGUAAGUACGGCGAAGGUUUCGGAUUGUUCUGUAAGCCUCGGCAUAACAAAGGGCUGUGAACAUUGGGAUAAAGUCAAAGUAUGUGAAUGCGUGUAACAUAUAUAUGUAUGUAUGUAUAUAUAUUACAUAUAUAGUGAUCGCGCGAGUGUGAGUGUGAAUAUAUGAGCAGAUAAAUAUAAGUUUGUGAUGGUCCUAUACCAGUGUUCCAUGACCAAAGACAAUCAUGUUGAAAUAUAAUGGGAUAUUGUUCAUGAUUUUUGGGGCUAAUUCAAGAAAUUAAUUAAUCGUCACACUGUACACCCCGAAUAUACGUGCUUUGUUUGUUACGUCUGCUAAUCUUAUUAGUUAUUAUGUGUGCAGACUAAUUUCGAAUCUUCAGUUCCUUUUGUUAAAACGCGACCUAUUAUAUUAAGUUCUCUUUGUGUCUCACGGUUUAAUUGGAACCGGAUACUAAUACAUCCAAUAAAUUUUAGGCUAGUUAAAUUUGUACUAUUAUUUAUUAUUUUUAUGUAUGAAACGUUUGAUAACAAGUAUAAUAAAUGACCUAUUGUGCUCUUAGGCAGAUAUUGUAUCGUUAUUAAUACGAUGCAGGUUAAAAGUUAUUAAAGAAAAAUAAUAAAUAAACAGUUAUUUAAUAAAAAUAAAAUGUAAAUAUAAAUUUUUGGCAUUGAAAAGUUAGGUAUAUAAAAAUUAUAAAUAUAUAAAUAC